ACUUGUAUCAUUUAUAAGAAAACUAGAACCAUAAGUAUAAGGUUUCCAAAUUUCUCUGAGUUGUUCUAAUGAAUGAUCGAAAUUGAGAGAGUUGUGAGAGGCCCUGAUUAUGUAGCCAGUUGGUCAGAAGUACCAAUGGCCUGGGGAAGCUGUGGCUGAUGUCUGAAGUGUGAGGAGUUUUGUGGGGAACUUUGCCCUCAACUGGGAAGUCUGUGUUAAUUCUGGGGAGUUGAUGUCAGGCUGCAUACACACAGGUACUCUACCAAACACACAUCUUUAAAAGAAAACAAAAUGCUAAAAAUUGAUAGCUCAGUUAAAACUAAAAUAUUUGGCCUUGGUGUGUUCUAAUUUUUAUUGUUUACUGGCUCUCUUUUUGAGGAUUUUCUUCUACCUUCCAGAUAUGUUUACUGAUCUUCCUGCCCUCAGUUUUCUUACCCUUUCUUUGGUACAAUUAUUACUCUAAUAGCCAUACUAUUACUCUAGUACUAAUGUGACAGUGACAAUAACCUCGUUUCCCAUGGAGCAGCUUUCCCGUGGGGCAGCUUCCUCAUAGCCAGAUAAGGAUGUGAUGCAUUGGACUCAAAUCAAAGCCGUGAAUUUUGCUUUUGCUGCAGAGUGUCAGUCUCCCCUCUGCACUAUUGUUUGCAUUGGUGCCUGGGAAUUACAUCAUUUGGUACUUCAGAUACAUUAAGUGAUGAUGAUUUGCUGAUUUAUUCCUGCUACUGAAUGGAAUGCAGAAAAAGAACAACCAAAAUGAUUGAGGGCCAAAGGGAUUUGCCUUAGAGGAAAAAUGAGAAGAACCAGAUGUUGUUAUUUAUUGAUUGAAUGAUCUAAGAAGACUAUGGAUACCUCUUAUAAGCAUUUGAGAGCUGUAAUGAUGGCAAGAGGGGUGGGGGAAAGAAAGACGAACAGUAAUAGAGAAAGACAAGAGAAUGUGCUGUAUGCUUAGCAUUGGGCUGUGGAAACCCACACAGAAAGCAUUGGAGAACCCAUCACUAUAGACACCAGAAAUAGAUCAUAAAGGGAUACUUUUAAUUUUUUCUUUUCCCUGGUUUGUAUGUCUUUGGAAAAGAAUGUAUGUUGCAUUAUAGCUGAGAAACCUGAGCUUUUCUGGCAAGCUGGGCAACCCUGGCAGCCUUUCCUUAAGCUUUGAGACCUGUCUCCCAUUGUUCUGAGUUUCACCUGGCUUUGAAUCACAUGGGUUGUUUGGGGCAGAUCUCUGGGCCCUAAUUCAGAUCUAUUACCUUGGAAUAUCUUGGGACGGGAUCAGAGAAUCAACAAUUAUAGCUACCACACCAGAUGAUUAAGACGCUUGAGAAGCGCUGGGACUCAUAGGGGCCCAUGUUUAAUGAGGUUGAGUUGCCAAAAUCUCCCUGGCAUAAUGUAGAGAAAGGAAUGCAAAAGCUCAUUGAGAUAGGAAUGUUGGCAUGCAUUUAUCACAUGCCACCUGCACACAUACCCUCUCAUGCCUCCAUUGUAUUCCCAGGGAGGGCCUGAUAACUUUCCCUUUUCUGAGACUUUGAGAAUUACACUGGUGAAGGAGCACCUGCCACUUCAAGGAGCUCUUUGGUGGGUCUCUUCUGUAGGCCAGGUGUGAUGUGGUAGAUGCUGCCAUUGAGGUGGACUUUCUGAUUUCAUGGGGUGAUGGGAUCCAGGAGUACCAAAGACCAAGUGGCAGAGCUUAGCUGCCAAAGACAAGCUGAAUGCUUUGACCAUGAUGGGCUUCUGGGACACAGUGCUAAUCAGAAUGUUUUGACCUGCAGCAAUCAUUGGUGGUGGCUAAUGAAUCAUAUUGUCCCAGAAAUGAAGUAGAUGAGCAGCCCUCUAAAAUUUUGCAUGAUCUUUAUUCCAGGAAAACUCCAGGUUCAGGGCCAGGAAUCAGGCUUGGGUCACCGCAAUGGAGAGUCAUGAUGUCUUACCCGGUUUGCAGACUUAUGCCAGUUCCUUGAGGCUUAACAUAUUUUUGACUGGUAUGAACCCAUUCUACUUUCAUGCAGUAAAUAUAAUUUUACACUGCUUAGUGACUCUUGUGCUGAUGUACACCUGUGAUAAAACUGUCUUCAAGAAUCGUGGACUUGCUUUUGUAACGGCAUUGCUUUUUGCUGUGCAUCCUAUUCAUACUGAGGCGGUGGCUGGGAUUGUUGGCAGAGCUGACGUGUUAGCGUGUCUGCUGUUUCUGUUGGCCUUUCUCUCCUACAACAGGAGUCUGGAUCAGGGCUGUGUUGGGGAAAGUUUCCCUUCCACGGUGUCUCCCUUCUUCUUGCUGCUCAGUUUGCUUCUGGGGACCUGUGCAAUGCUGGUGAAAGAGACAGGCAUCACGGUGUUCGGAGUGUGCUUGGUUUAUGACCUGUUUUCCCUUUCCCACAAGCAAGACAAGUCGAGCAAUGGGGCCCUCUGUCCACGUGGCCCACAGCAGCCCGGGAGCCCCCAGCCCUCCUCACUGCCAGGCCAUCCUCACCGAGAGAACGGGAAGCACCAGCGUUUCCCUCACAAAGGAGCUUGGGGUGGCUGCCACUCUCCACUGCCACCGGAACCCAAGAGCAGUGGAUUCCCGGUAUCCCCACCAGCUGUGUGGUCCAUGAUGAGGUAUCUGACAGCAAGCAGCAACAGAAAUUUUCUGCUUACCAUGAGACCAUUUUUAAAAAGGGCCAUUUUGGUCCUAAGUUAUGUGCUUGUCAUUUUGUACUUCCGUCUGUGGAUAAUGGGAGGAUCUAUGCCCCUCUUUUCAGAGCAGGAUAAUCCAGCUUCAUUUUCGCCUUACAUUCUUACAAGAUUCCUCACCUAUUCCUACCUCUUGGCCUUCAACGUGUGGCUUCUGCUUGCACCUGUGACCCUAUGCUAUGACUGGCAGGUUGGCAGUAUUCCUCUGGUAGAGACCAUAUGGGACAUGCGGAACUUAGCCACCAUCCUCCUGGCAGUUGUGAUGGCCUUAUUGUGUCUGCACUGCUUAGCAGCCUUUAAGAGACUGGAGCACAAGGAGGUUUUAGUUGGCUUGUUGUUCCUGGUGUUCCCGUUCAUUCCAGCCAGCAACCUCUUCUUCAGGGUGGGUUUUGUGGUGGCGGAGAGAGUCCUUUACAUGCCUAGCAUGGGCUACUGCAUCCUUUUUGUGCACGGACUGAGCAAGCUCUGCACUUGGCUGAAUCGAUGUGGGGCCACCUCCCUGAUUGUGUCCACUGUGUUGCUGCUGUUGCUUUUCUCUUGGAAAACUGUGAAACAGAAUGAAAUUUGGCUGUCAAGAGAGUCCCUAUUCAGGUCUGGAGUUCAAACUCUGCCCCACAAUGCCAAGGUUCACUACAACUAUGCCAAUUUCCUGAAGGACCAAGGUCGGAACAAGGAAGCCAUCUACCACUACAGAACAGCCCUCAAGUUGUAUCCACGCCAUGCAAGUGCCCUGAACAACCUCGGAACACUGACGAGAGACACAGCAGAGGCAAAGAUGUACUAUCAGAGGGCUCUCCAGCUCCAUCCACAGCAUAACCGGGCUCUUUUCAAUCUGGGGAAUCUCCUUAAGUCUCAGGAGAAAAAGGAAGAAGCUAUCACCUUACUGAAGGAUUCCGUUAAAUAUGGUCCGGAGUUUGCAGAUGCAUAUUCAAGUUUAGCUUCAUUAUUGGCUGAGCAGGAGAGGUUUAAAGAAGCUGAAGAAACAUACCAGGCGGGAAUAAAGAACUGUCCAGACAGCUCAGAUUUACACAACAACUAUGGGGUUUUCUUAGUUGAUACCGGCUUUCCAGAAAAGGCAGUGGCCCAUUACCAACAGGCUAUCAAACUCAGCCCCAGUCAUCACGUGGCCAUGGUGAACUUGGGAAGACUCUACAGGUCACUAGGAGAGAACAGCAUGGCUGAAGAAUGGUACAAGCGCGCCCUGCAGGUGGCACACAAAGCUGAGAUAUUGUCACCUUUGGGAGCGCUGUAUUACAACACCGGCCGAUAUGAAGAGGCUUUGCAGAUUUACCAGGAAGCAGCAGCACUUCAGCCUUCUCAAAGGGAGCUCCGCUUGGCACUGGCUCAGGUUUUGGCUGUGAUGGGUCAGACAAAAGAAGCUGAAAAGAUGACCAAUCACAUUGUGUCAGAGGAGAGCGGGUGCCUUGAAUGCUAUCGCCUCUUGUCAGCAAUCUAUAGCAAGCAGGAGAACCAUGACAAGGCACUUGAUGCUAUAGACAAGGCUCUCCAGCUGAAACCAAAGGACCCAAAAGUCAUUUCUGAACUUUUUUUCACAAAAGGAAACCAACUAAGAGAGCAGAACCUUCUUGACAAAGCUUUUGAGAGCUAUAAAGCGGCUGUGCGACUAAAUCCAGACCAAGCACAGGCCUGGAUGAACAUGGGUGGCAUCCAGCACAUCAAGGGAAACUAUGUGUCUGCAAGAGCGUAUUAUGAGAGAGCCUUACAGCUGGUUCCAGACAGUAAACUGCUGAAGGAAAAUCUUGCCAAAUUGGAUCGCCUAGAAAAACGAUUACAAGAAGUUCAAGAAAAGGAUCAAAAGUAGCACCGUUUGACCCAGCCUCACAGGAUAAUGUGGUGCCUCUGAAAGGGGAAAGAGUGAUGGAAGCCUUGCUUUCACAUCAGUAGGGGGACAACUAAUGAGAUUUUAUCUCAUUCCGAGUUCAGGUGGCACAUUUUGGGACAUCUGCUGGUAGGUCAGUGCUGAAGGACUUGCUUUUCCAUGAAGGAAGACAAAAACAGCAAACAAGGGCACGAAGGUCUGAGAAGGAAGAACGACAAUUACACAUUUUACAGAUUUUUGUUUGGUUUAACUCCAGAGUUCUCUUGAUAGGUCUCUGUGCUUUUGAGACAUGGAGAUCUAAUUCUGUUUCCUAGUUUAGACAUUUAUGUCCCAGAAAUACAGAAGCUUGAAAUGCUGUGAAGGCAGAGCUUCUAUUCUUUGGGGGGUGAAGUAUUUCAAAAGAGGAUAAAUCCUCUGGGGUAAGCCAUUUGGAAAAUCCUACCAAGAAUUGGCUUAUUUAAUUUUCCAGAACUAGAUGUGAGUAUCUAAUAGCUUUUGUAGAAACCUCCAGAAUAUUUGGGGUAAAGGGCUAUUGCUAAGUGAAUUUUAUCUAAUAUCCCCCUAAGAGUAUUACUAGUGCUUUUUUGAGGAAUAAAAAGGAAGCUCCUGGAAUCAUAUGUGGAUACCUUUAUCCCUACGGGAAACUCAAGGAGCUUGACACUCCUAAUUCUCUAUGGAAAUGUUUAAAACUAUUUUACUUUUAUUACAAGUAUUACUAGAGUAGUGGUUCUACUCUAAGAUUUCAAAAGUGCAUUUAAAAAUCAUACAUGUUCCCGCCUGCAAAUAUAUUGUUAUUUUGGUGGAGAAAAAAAAAUAGUAUAUUCUCCAUAAAAAAAUUAAAGAUAUUAACUGAGAGAAAUGUCCUACUUUAUUAUCUUAAUAUUCAGGCAUCAUGAGAUUUACUAUUUUUUUGGAAAAUAUAUUUAACCAUUGAGGAACCUUUAUGAUGUAUCACAGAAAUCUUCAUAGACUCUAACUAGAUUUCAAAAACAAAAAGCUCUAUUUA